UCAGCAUCAUGAAGAGCGUGCGGAUGGAGUCGGCGCCGCCGUCGGCACCAGAAGACGAGGAAAUCGAAGUGUUCGACUCGUCGGCAAAGGUUCCGUUAACAGCAGACUCCCCGCCCAAGCCCAGCGACGUGUGCGACAUCGACAUAGUCGACGCGUCAAGCACUCACGAUGGCAUGGUCACAAUCGACGUGAGCGGCGACAACAGUCCCGUCAAGUCGGCGACUGCCCGUCAUCCAACGUCGGGUUUUGAAGUCACAGUGCCCAGUGGUUUAUCCUCUCCCAUUGGUCGCAAGACGGACCAAGUGCUCCGGCAACGUCGUCAGCAACACCGAAAGACUCAAAACGCACUGAUUGCCCUCUCUUCACUUACCGACCAAGGACCUGUCGAUAGCUGCAUCAACACGCUCUCCCUCGAAAUUCAAGUGGCGUUUCGAGUGAAGGUGCUGGGUAUCUUCACCUUGCACUUGUUUGCGCUGAUGCUGCUCGUAAUCAUUUUUACGUACUCGCCGUUGACGACAGAUUCGUUGGAGCGAUUUGCCCACAACGACACGGGCAUGGCGCUAGGGGGCAGCUUCGUGCUGUCCCUCGUUGUACUUUUUGUGCUCUACUUGGUCAAGUACACGUUCCCGUUCAACUUUGUCAUGCUGGCCGUCUUCACUUGCAUUGAAGCGAUCGCCGUGACUGCAUUUGGGCUGUUUUACAACACAAAAGCGUCCGUCUUGGCGGUCCUCGUGAGCUUCUUUGUCAUGCUGUUCAUGACGUUCUUCAGCACGCGCCGGCGAUUCGUGAAAAAGACGCGACAAGUUGAGCUCUGCCACAGCGUCGUUGCAGGAAUUGCGGCGUACAUGCUGGUCACGACCGUGGCGUGCAUUGCGUUUGGCGCUCGCGGUACGGGGGUCAUGUCCGGGACGACGUUUGGGCUCACCAUGCUGUUUGCGUUCCCCGUCAUCAUGUGGUUUGCGUUCGACGCGCACUGCAUGUACCAGAUCAUGACCCCCGACGAGUACAUGUCGGGCGUGAUCUUUUUUUACACGGACUUGGUCCUCUUCGUCCUUUUCGUCUUGGUCAUGAUCGUCAGUAUCGCCCUGUGCGAUGGGGGUGCCCCACUCGCAUGCUUUGGUGGAUCCUGCGGCGUGAACAUCGACCCUGUACACGACCCUUUGCCCCCCCCGUUGCCGGAAUCUGUCGACAGCCCCUCCGCUUCGGCGGCAUCGCCCAUGGGGGCUAACGAUACUGUAUAAUUCUAGUGUUUUUGCUGCCCCAUGUGACCUCGGUUGGACCUACGCUUAUUGCUCAAGAUUCAAAAUGCAGCAGCGUGUGCCCUUCCUUUGUGCGAAGGGUCGCCCAAAUCGCGUCUUCCAGGCAGCUCUAGCAGAACAUGGCGGCAGUCAACAAUCUAUACCUUCUCCCGUUGUGCAGUAUCGAAGCGACGCGUAGAUGCGCUGGCGGAGCAAUCCGUUCUUGUGGCCCACAAAAGCGC